CAGUCUGUCGUGUAGCUGCAAGCUACAUUCUUCUAGAAGUAGUAGAAAAAUGCAAUUAUCUCCGCUGUAAAUGGUAUUGCCAACGAGCUAACUAGCUCGUUAGCAUUCCAGUAAGACUCGAGGGACUGCGUGAAGACGUGACCGUUUCCUGUCAACCUGUCACUAACGUCGUUUGCAGAACUGGGUUGCAUAUCGAGCGCUAUGUGGACGUGCAUAUGGAGAGAUAAUAUGCACAGACGGGGUAACCGUUAACUUAGGUAUUUACCAAAGUGUACAUAUAAAGUCGUCUUUUUACGGGAACAAUGGUGAAGUACUUUGCCUGUGUGGGUCUUCUGAAAAGUUCCUGGGACCAAGUCUGUAUUGCUUUCUGGGAGCGAUACCCCAACCCCUACAGUAACCAUGUCCUAACGGAGGACAUCAUCUUCAGGGAUGUAACACCCGGCAACCGUCUGGUCUCUAGGCGACUGCUGACCAAAACUAACCGCGCCCCUCGCUGGAUGGAGAAGUACCUGCCGGUUACCAUGGCCAGGCACGCCUACAUCAUCGAGGAUUCCAUUGUGGACCCCCAGAACAGAACCAUGACAACGCUGACUUGGAACAUCAGCCACGCACGAAUGAUGUCUGUGGAGGAGCGUUGUGAGUACAGAAUUAACCCUGACAACACCAGCUGGACGGAGAUUAACAGAGAGGCCUGGAUCUCGUCUAACCUCUACGGGCUCUCCAGAGCUAUACAGGAAUUUGGCCUUGCCCGGUUCAAGACCAGUGUUACAAAGACCAUGAAAGGGUUUGAAUACGUCCUGGCCAAAAUGCAAGGUGAUACCCCCUCCAGGACCCUGGCUGAGCAUGCUGCAGAGAGGGCCAGGGAGACGGCUCUGGUAGCUAAAGAGAAAGCCAAAGGCCUGGCCUCACAAGCUCACAAGAAACAACAGUAUGUCUGAGCUGCCAGUGUAGGGUGAAGUUUCCCUUAGAUGCUGAUAUGGUUAGGAUUGGGGCAGGGGAAGCUGAUCCUAAAUGUCUUCCUAGAAACUUUAUCCUGGAGCCCGAGGUGCCAGUGGGAGGAAGUAGACAUUGGCCCCUGUCAGACCUGCCUGGAUUCAAAGACUAUUCAAGAAUAAUUUCAACUACUUUAUCUGGGAUCGAUUUUAAGUAUGCCUGGAACCAAUAGAAUGCUGAAAACCCCUGUUCAUCUGGCACUCCAGGCAGGCUCAAGCAAUUACAAAAGAAUGUUGAAUAGGAUCUGAACCCAGAUCAGUUUGGUCCUAACUGCUGGACCAGAGUCAGAUCUUAUUUACCUAAUGAUUACAUUUGGAGGUAGGGGAAUCUGAUCCCAGAUCUGUUUGGUCCUAACUGCUGAUCCCAGAUCUGCUUGGUCCAGAGUCAGAUCUUAUUUACCUAAUGAUUACAUUCAGAUCUGUUUGGUCCUAACGGCUGGACCAGAGUCAGAUCUUAUUUACCUAAUGAUUACAUUUGGAGGUAUGGGAAUCUGAUCCCAGAUCUGUUUGGUCCUAACUGCUGGACCAGAGUCAGAUCUUAUUUACCUAAUGAUUACAUUUAGAGGUAGGGGAAUCUGAUCCCAGAUCUGUUUGGUCCUAACUGCUGGUCCAGAGUCAGAUCUUAUUUACCUAAUGAUUACAUUUAGAGGUAGGGGAAUCUGAUCCCAGAUCUGUGAUUAAGGUUGCAAAAUUCCGGUAACUUCCAGAAAUACCAGUUGGAAGAUUCCCGGAACAAUAUAAUAUAUAUAAUACAUUAAUAAAAUAUAUUAAUAUAUAUAGUAUAAUAAGGUAAUAAGCUGGAAAUCUGAAAUCCUCCAACCAGGAUUUCUGGAACGUUUCUGGGAAAUGUUUUGAAUGCUUUGAAGAAAUGUUGCUCGGUGUGACUGAGCUCAGGACCAUUACAGUUAAAAGCUUGAUUUGAUUCAAAUGUGCUUGGAGGGUGAGACGUAAUUACUGCUCCUCCGGAGGCGGAGUCUUAAUAAAACUCCGCCUCUUAAAUGUUGCAACAAUGCAAAGGGCUCGGUAUAGCUCCGCAUUGACAUGAUUGGUUGACAGUAAGAGGGGGGGGGACGGGGGUCCUGUAUUAACACAAACUCACUGCCAUGACAACUUCCUUCACAGCAGUUCUGGCUUCUGCAGAGGCUGCAACACAGUAAGCGGCAUAUGGGCCACUACAGAUGUCGUUUUGACCGUGCAGAGCUUUUUAGACUUUGUCUUCUACCACAGUGUCUAGGGUCACAAUAGUCCUAGCUAGCGUCCUUGUCUCCUUUCCUUCAGGACGGGUAGGUGAAGGCACUGGGCUUGUUUACAUUCUACUUCCUCCACGUGUCCGUGGUCCUUAUCAGUUGGGGUGUAGAGAUGUUUAUCUCAAUGAGACGAACCUGCAGGAAUAAAGGUUCCAUACUAGUAGCAGGAAGUGGCCGUGACAAGGCUAAACGCUAUGGAAGUGGUGACUGUACAUCACAGAAUGUAAACUGACUGUAAUGGUUGAAGGUAUGCGACAGCAUUAGGGACAGGACGACGCCAGUCUCACCCAGCAGGUGGUCUACUGUGCACGUGGCCGACGUUGGUCUUGGUCGGUCUUGUCCUCUUGUUUUUUUUAUCGGGAGUGAGUAUAAGAGCCUGGUUCGUGUCUCUAGAAAUGACUCGUUUCCAUCUGGCUGUUUUCGUGACCAAAUGAAUACUGUCAUCGUCUUAAAGUCUAACCACCACGAGGAUGUAGUUCCGCACAGGGAAGCAGGUCCUUAGACGCUGAUAUUGGGUCAGUUUACCAUUUCCACCCCCCCCCCCCCACUAAUGUCUACGGUUAGGAUUGGGGGAAGCUGAUCCUAGACCUGGAGGCCGACCCACCAUUCCCUCCCAACUCAAAAGGUUGUAUCCCAAAUGGCACCCUUAUUCCCUCCCUAUAUAGUGUACUACUUUUUACCAGAGCCCCGUAGACCCUGAUAUAAAGUAGUGUCCCAGAGCCCCAUAGACCCUGAUAUAAAGUAGUGUCCUAUAGACCCUGAUAUAAAGUAGUGUCCCAGAGCCCCAUAGACCCUUGAUAUAAAGUAGUGUCCCAGUCCUAUAGACCCUGAUAUAAAGUAGUGUCCCAGAGCCCCAUAGACCCUGAUAUAAAGUAGUGUCCCAGAGUCAUAUAGACCCUGAUAUAAAGUAGUGUCCUAUAGACCCUGAUAUAAAGUAGUGUCCCAGAGUCCUAUAGACCCUGAUAUAAAGUAGUGUCCCAGAGUCCUAUAGACCCUGAUAUAAAGUAGUGUCCCAGAGUCCUAUAGACCCUGAUAUAAAGUAGUGUCCCAGAGUCCCCUGAUA